AUGUCUGAUUCAUUUCAAAAAAUAGAAAAAAUAGGUGAAGGCACCUACGGAGUAGUGUACAAAGCGAAGGAGAGAAAAACGGGAAAAAUAGUAGCCUUGAAAAAAAUAAGAUUAGAAAACGAAUCUGAAGGUAUUCCGCCAACAACCAUAAGAGAAAUUCUUCUGCUUAAAAAUCUAAAACAUCCUACUAUUGUUAGUUUAGACGAUGUAAUAUACAAUAUCAAUAAAAUGUAUUUAGUAUUUGAAUACAUAGAUAUGGAUUUAAGACAGUAUCUCGAUAAUUUGUAUAGAGAAGAAAAAUUAAUGGAUUUGAAUAUUUUAAAAAAAAUGGUUUAUCAACUGAUAACUGCUAUACAUUUUUGUCAUUCAAAAAAUAUUUUUCAUCGAGAUUUAAAACCUCAAAAUCUUCUAAUAGACACUUAUGGAAAUCUAAAGCUUGCUGAUUUUGGAUUGGCGCGAUUAGCGAGUAUACCUCUUCGUACUUACACUACUGAAGUCGUUACACUUUGGUAUAGGCCGCCUGAUUUACUUCUAGGAAGCAAGCAUUAUGAUUCAUCUGUUGAUGUAUGGAGCGCUGCAUGUAUUAUUGCUGAAAUGAUAUUGUUAAGACCAUUGUUUUCUGGAGAUUCUGAGAUCGAGCAACUUUUAAAAAUUUUUAAAAUUCUAGGCACGCCUUCAAAUGUUAACUGGAAAAAUGUAGAAUCACUUCCUAACUAUCAGGCUUCAUUUCCAAAGUACAAAGCGAUUCCACUUGGAGAAAUUUUAACUAUCGAUGAAGAUUUAAUUAAUCUUCUCGAAAAUAUGUUUAUUUAUGAUCCAAUAAUAAGAAUUAGUGCACAGCAAGCUUUAAAUCAUAAAUUUUUUGAAGAUUUUGUAGCUUUUAAUAAUUAA